UAAUGAUUUUUGUAGUGUAGGAGGGCUUGGCUACAAACAAAUCUUCAACUUCAAGUCGGGUCAGUCCUCCAUGGUCCUCUGUUGUAGCUCUAGUCGAUCCAGUCUGUGCGCGCAGCUUGCGACAAGGUAUAUCGUAACUAUUAGUAUUACAUCAGUGUGUUAUCAUGGUUAUGACAUAGGUGUGUGUUCAGUGAGCAUGAGUCUUCCACAGAGCAAUGAUUCUGCAUACGAGUAGUAAACAAAUUAGACCCGCUCUGCAUACUGACUGAGCCACAGUGCAAGCCCGUCCCUUUGUUUUACUUGUGCAGUUUUAGACCUUCGUGCAAAACACAGGUCCCUCUGGUUUGAGUAACGUCCAAGCGCCUUUCAGGAUUCUUGCACAAUCAUAGUCAUUAGUGACCCGUCGAGCGGAUCUUUGACUUUGGCACGAUGGACACCAUGUUACUGUGCGUGUCGUGUGGCCAACCACCUCGUGGCGGUAGGUUCCUGAAGUGCCUGCACGUCGCCUGCUCGGCAUGCGUGGACGAGCACACGCACAGCGAUGGAUCGCGUCUGUGCCCGCGCUGCACGAGCACGACGGAGAGUCAGCCAGGGGGUCAGCUACCAAGAGCACCGGAGUGUCUGACUGACGGAGCCGUGCGAGGCUCGGACCACUAUCAUUCAGGUGACUCCUAUGCUCAAUGGAGCGGGCGAAAUGACCGGGUUGCCAGCAGUGCUGCCGCAGCAGCGGAACAGCAUCUGUGUGACGAGUGCAUAGAAGACAAGCCAGCGACGCAUCGGUGUGAGGACUGUGACUCGGUGCUGUGCAGCAGACAUGCUGGCAGCCAUCCCAAGCGUCGGCGAUUCGUAGGCCAUCGGGUCGAAGAACUCUCGGCAGCAGCCCACCGAACUCUGAGUCCAACCGAGCAGCUUCCAACUGCCCGCCCCAGGGUGGAAACGAUGUGCCCUCUGCAUACCCACCUGCCGUCAGACAAGUACUGCAAGUCCUGCCGCGAGGUCGCCUGCGCUCGCUGCCUGGCAACCGGUGCCCACGGCGACAGUGCCAAACACGAAGUAGUAGCCGUUGGGGACUACGCUGCAGAGUGGCUGCAGGAACUCGUCAAGCUGUUCGGCGCACCUGGCAGCGAGCCCGAUGAUGUUUCCCGAGCCACGAGUAGAAACCACAGUGUGUACGUCCCCAAGAAAGGAGAUGGUGACGACGUCAGCUUGGAUGACGAUGAUGCAGAUCACCUGGACGGUGGAUUGGAGAGCGAUGUGGCAGUGUGUCCGUACACCAAGCCGGCUGCUGAGUGGGGCAGCCUGCUGGGAAUUCAGUCUAUCCAGAACGAAGUUGAGUCCGUCCUCGACUCCGUUCUCCAACAGCACGAGACCCUGUCACAGGCAGUCGGUGGUGUUUUCGAGAAGGUGCGUGCCCAACUUGAUCAGAACGAAGCACGUCUGCACACCAAGAUCGAUCAGAUGACGUGGCACGCCAUGAAGCCACUGGAGGAUCAAAAGGAGGCCCUGAACCAGUCGAUGCUCGCGUGCGAGCGAGCUAUCAGCCUUCUUCAGUUCUGCUCCGCUCAAACGGAACAAACCGCACUGCUGCUGCGUCUUUCCAAGUGGCUGCUGGCGCUGAAGGAGAGGUGUGACGUGAUGGGCAAACAGAUUCCUCACGUCAAACAGCACGUACAGUUCAAUGCACAACUGUGUGAAACCAGCAUCCUGGCGUUCGACAUCGCCGAGAGCAUAACCGAUCGGACCGUGGCCGCUUCGGCGUCGACUGCACACGUGCAUGUGCUUCCACCUAGCCUGGACACGUGCAAAGUGUGGGUUGGGGUAUGCGCCUGCACCGCUGACGGCAGAUCCGUUGUCUCAUGGCUGCUGUCCGAUCAGGACGCGUGGCACGUCGACAUGACGACCGGGUCGGGCGGCGACUUCACGUGGCGCGUCCAGGUGCCUAGGUUGCCAUUAUCAACCGCCAUGGACAAGACCCUGGGUGAGCGGAAAGGUGAGAUUCACCUUGUGUCUCUUCAGCCGCCCAUGCCAUACACCAAGAUGUCAGCAAAACCCAAAACGACACAGGAGAAGAGUGGCAAAGGAUCCACUGGCAGCAUUUCCCCUCUCCCACCAGCCACUGCAGCACCGAUAGCCGUUCCCUCCGGAGAGGGAAUCAAAACCGCUAGCCCUACCCCACCAGUUUCGGCGGCAGCAAAGCCUGUACAGUCUCGCAGAGCUGGUGCUACGGCCACCAAGACGGACACGGCAACACAGCCUGCAACGUCUGCCGAACCUACUGAGUCAUUCACGUUUUUAAAUGGAGGCUUAUUUCACGCUGCUGAUCGUCACACCGCCGGGCUCCCUAAUAAACCGUCAGCGUCCGGAACGAAAUUGCUUGUGGGUGGUUUCGGAGGACAACUACCUGGUUCUGUAGCUCCGACCGCAGACAGCCCUAAAAAACCGCCAGCGUUCGGAGGAAAAUCGCUGGUCCGAGGGCUCGGAAAUCAAGUGACUGGUUCGGUAGCUGCAGAGCUCCCCACCGCAGAGCUCCGUAAAAAGCCACCAGCGCUUGGAGGGAUGUCGUCUGUGAGAGGAUCUGCAUCUCAACGACCUGGUAUAAGUGCUGGAGAACCUGCUGUCCCUCUCGGCUUUGACUUCUCGGCAUCUGUAAGCACGAGCAGCUCUUCCAGUGGCAGAAGUAAGGACCCUCUUCCCAAGCUUGUAUUUGGUUCGGCAACUUCUGCACCAUCUAUUGCAACACAGGCACCAGAAACUGGUCCUUUCAAGUUCGGAUCGUCCCCCUCGGCCAAUCUUGAGCCUGGUUCGGCAACUUCUGCACCAUCUAUUGCAACACAGGCACCAGAAACUGGUCCUUUCAAGUUCGGAUCGUCCCCCUCGGCCAAUCUUGAGCCCGUAACGGCCGUCGGGCUUGGACAACAGCAAUCCUCUAGUGGCUUGACUAGUCUGCAAGUCUUCAAGAGCCCGGUACCUGCAGCUCGCUCCACGGUAACGGAAGUGUUGGACGACGAUGCAGUGAUCACGUACGAUGCCGACAGUACACUGCGCCCAAGCAUGGACUUACCAGGAUCACUUCGGGUGUCGUUCAGUGCCGUGUUCAGCGUCCCACGUCGGUUCUUUUGCACGCCGAUCACUAUUCAAGUACGGCUGAACGGCAAGCCGAUAUCGUGCGUCGAGCCACAGGUCGUGAACAUCGCCUACGACAUUGCCGGUUCACAAUUUGGCAUGCGCACGGAUAAGCGCGGGUUAUCGUAACAAACGCUGUGCAACUGCACCAACUCUUCAAGCCGACAAUGUGUGUCAAGCCCGAGGUCGUGCACAUUGUUAACAUCAUUGCAGGCGCACACUUUGGCAUGCCCACGUGGUUCACUGGGAUUAUCAUGACACAAUCUGUUCAACUGGACCAGCUCUGCAGCUGCAUCGUAAAGUAGUGGGGUGAUAUUAGCUACAUCUAGAUGAUGGUAAUGUGUGAUCUUUUUUUUAUCUUUCUGCUACACGUUUGAUAGGGAAGGAGGUGGCUCUACAUUGAAACUGGCUAUGCUGGAGUGUUGAUGCAGUCAUAAAGAUCCUACUGUGCAUUUUCAUAUCAAUUGAUUAUAAUUUUGUUGUAGAUAAUUAUACUGCUCGCACUCCUGAAUAUUUGCCGCAAGUCUUGGACACAAGUUAGUGGUAGGGACAUAGGUGAAGGCACUGAUACAUCUAAGAAGGUUAGUUCUCCCUCUCACUCUCACCCGCUCUUUCCCUGUCCACUUGACUGGACAUUUGACUCGUUCAAAGUUGUCUUUAAUUAAAGAAGAUAAGCUCCCCAAUUACCCCCCACCCCCCAUGGCUCUCACCUUUUCCCAUC